CUCCCCCCGGCCGUUUCCAUUCCAGCAGAGGCGCCUCAUCAGCAGCGCUCCCGUCCACCUGUCCUGUCCCUCCCUCCCUGCUUCACCGUCCUUUAACGCCUCUACAGAUUCACAAAAAUGGCGAGCAGUUUCUCAAGAAUCCUGUCCUCCAAACGGAACAUCAGGAUCCUGUCGUUGGUCGGAGGCUCGGUAACGGCUGGGUUUCUGCUCCACCGGGAACAUGUCAACGCCGGAGCGCCUGUGCGCAGGAUGUACCCCGCCAGUGCGGAGUACCCUGACCUGCGCAAACACAACAACUGCAUGGCCAGCAACCUGACGCCCGCCAUCUACGCCAAGCUGUGUGAUAAGUCCACUCCCAACGGAUACACGCUGGACCAGGCCAUCCAGACGGGCGUGGACAACCCCGGGCACCCAUUCAUCAAGACUGUCGGCAUGGUGGCAGGAGACGAGGAGUCUUACGAGGUAUUUGCAGACCUGCUUGACCCUAUCAUCAGAGAGAGGCACAACGGCUACGACCCCCGCGCCAUGAAGCACCCCACCGACCUCGACUCCAGCAAGGUCCAUUCGGGCAACUUUGACGAGCGUUACGUGCUGUCGUCCAGGGUGAGGACGGGCCGCAGCAUCCGGGGGCUGAGCCUGCCCCCCGCCUGCACCCGGGCGGAGCGCAGAGAGGUAGAGAAGGUGGUGGUUGACGCCCUCGCCGGCCUGAAGGGUGAUCUGACCGGGAAGUACUACAGUCUUACCCAGAUGACAGACAAGGAGCAGCAACAGCUCAUUGAUGACCACUUCCUGUUUGACAAGCCGGUGUCACCCCUCCUGACAUGUGCAGGUAUGGCUCGUGACUGGCCAGAUGCCCGUGGUAUUUGGCAUAACAACGAGAAGACAUUCUUGAUCUGGAUCAACGAGGAGGAUCACACCAGGGUCAUCUCCAUGGAGAAGGGAGGCAACAUGAAGAGAGUCUUUGAGAGGUUCUGCAGAGGCCUCAAGGAGGUGGAGCGUCUGAUCCAGGAGAGAGGCUGGGAGUUCAUGUGGAACGAGAGGCUCGGUUACAUCCUCACCUGCCCCUCCAACCUGGGCACAGGGCUCAGGGCCGGGGUCCACGUCAAACUGCCCCUGCUGAGCAAGGAUUCACGUUUCAGUAAGAUCCUGGACAACCUGCGCCUGCAGAAGAGAGGUACAGGAGGCGUGGACACCGCCGCCGUGGGCGGUGUGUUCGACAUCUCCAACCUGGACCGCCUGGGACAGUCUGAGGUCCAGUUGGUGCAGACAGUGAUUGAUGGCGUCAACUACCUAAUCGAGUGUGAGAAGAGGCUGGAGAAAGGCCAGGACAUCAAGGUGCCUGCACCCUUAAAGCAGUUCAAGUAGACACUGAUCCCUGACCUCAUCACACAACCCCCCCCCCCCCCCCCCCCCCCCCCCCCCCUCCGGGCACACGCACACAUGCACAAACAUCCCCACUCUGUGCCCAUAAAUAUGACAAAUAUCUCUGUCAUUGCCUCAUUUUAUUACUACCACUUAUCUACUCAUCCCUCCCCGUCCCACAAUAAGCCUCUCUAUAAUAUAAUCUACAUAUAUUAUACGCAGCUAUCUGGCUAAACCCAGUCAGAGUCCCAGAAUACUGCUUUGGGCUUCAGUGUUUUUCAGAUGCAUUUGAAGGGUUUUUAUCUUAAAACGGAAAUUUUAAACUCAGCUCCAAAACGACAGCAAACAUUAUUGAAAGAUGCACAAACUGUAGGCUUUUAUAGUGGAGCAAAGAUGGCCGCCAUUUUGCCCUUUGCUGCAUGGCCAAACAGUAUCUACGGCUCUGCUCCCAAGGCACUAUUCAGCCCAAACCCUGCCGCAUGUCCUAUACUCAGCCUGUCUCUUCCCCUCAUUCCGGUGUGUUGAUUGGUCAUAUUAUCUGGUGCUUGUAUAGUCCAUCCAUUUGUGCUUUACUCACCAUCGUGGAUUGUGUGUACAUAGUUUCUUUUCAUCAUUUUGAGUGGAUUUGAAUGUGAACUAACUGCAGAAGACUGAAGAGACUCCAGAGGAUUUGUAUGUUUGAUGUUUGACACUGGCCGGGCUGGGUUCUGUACUGUAAGCUCCUGAAGCAAUAUCAUUCCAGCUCAUCUGAAUGUCAUACUGUAAUGUCUUUUAUUAAAGAAAUCAUCUAUUUAACAGUA